AUGCUGACGAUUGUUUCGUUCGCCGACCGGAUCGAACCGACUAGCUUGUCUAUGGCAGAACCGGUCUUCGCCGACUGUAGUGACAGAACGUGCCCUUUGCCACCUGAAAUCGCACGCGACACGUUGCACAAUGGAAAUUUUCUCUUCGACAGGCGACCAAGAAUCAGGUCGUCGCUACGAUGUCGAUGCUCGUAUUUCUUCUACUUCAUGCUCAAGCUGUCUUCUUCACCUUAUGACGGUACGGCAACUGUCAGCAAUGGAUUUGUCGAUUUUUACGCUACGCUGCAUCUGUCAAAUCCAUAUCACUACAACUAA